AUGGCGUCUCCGAAAUUCAAGCCCGUGGAGGAGUGCAGCUCCGAGGGGAGGUCGGCGCAGACGGUGGCCGCCGACUUCGACGGCACGCUGCUCCGGUCCUCCAAUGCCUUCCCCUACUACCUCCUCGUGGCGCUGGAGGCUGGCAGCGUCCUCCGCGCCGUGGCGCUGCUCCUGUCGGUGCCGUUCGUGUACGUGACCUACAUCUUCUUCUCCGAGUCGCUGGCCAUCAGCACCUUGGUGUACAUCUCCGUGGCCGGGCUCAAGGUGAGGAGCAUCGAGAUGGCGGCGCGGUCGGUGCUGCCCAAGUUCUACGCGCAGGACGUCCACCCGGAGAGCUGGAGGGUGUUCAGGUCCUUCGGCAAGCGGUACAUCAUCACGGCCAGCCCCAGGGUCAUGGUGGAGCCCUUCGCCAGGGAGUUCCUCGGCGCCGACAGGGUGGUGGGCACGGAGCUGGAGGUGGGCAAGUCCGGCAAGGCCACGGGUUUCAUGGUGAAGCCCGGGGUGCUCGUCGGCGACCACAAGAAGCAGGCCGUGGUGAAGGAGCUGGGCGACGCCGUGCCCGACGUCGGCAUGGGCGACAGGGCUACCGAUUUCAACUUCAUGUCCAUAUGCAAGUCUGAAUCUAUGAAUUCUGAAGCACACUUGGCUCGUAAUGCUGUACAGUAG